GUCUCAAUCUUAUUAUUCAGUCAGUAUUUGUAACUAAAACUCAACCUACCGUCAAACACUGCAUGCAGUAUUGUUACCUUCAAACUAAUAAGGCUAUUGAAAAGUUAUUUUGCAUAUUAUUACUGACACAAACUCUUAAAUAAUAAUUUUAAGACGUGAAUAUAACAACACAACCAGCAAGUAUAUACUAUAGAGUAGUAUCACCACCCAUCCACGAAGAUAGAAGAAAGAAGUGGGACUGUUAGUGGGAAUCCCUCCACUACUCCGUUGCUGAUAUAGAUAGCACAUCAAAGUUUUCUCUGCCUGCCUGCUUGUGUGUAUUGUGUUAUUACACAGAAAAACGUUCGACUAGCUAUAAUAUACAAGAACACACACACAAUAAGAGAAAAGUGCUUUUUUGAUUGUUAUAUUGAAAAAUAAAUAUUUAUUUUAACUAAAAUGAGUUGUAAUUUAAAAGGGAAAAUUGGUAUUGUUGGAAGUGGUUUAAUUGGCCGUUCAUGGGCCAUGUUAUUCGCAUCAGUUGGCUAUAAAGUUGUAAUAUAUGAUAUUGAACAGAGUCAAGUAACGAAUGCAUUGGACGAUAUUAAAAAUCAAUUAAGUAUUUUGGAAAAGAAUAAAUUGUUACGUGGCACAUUAAAUGCUGAACAACAAUUUAAAUGCAUAUCAGGUUCAAAUGAUUUAUCAAAAUGUGUAGCUGGUGCAAUAUUUGUACAAGAAUGUACACCAGAAAAUAUAGAAUUAAAAAAGAAAGUAUUCGCAAAUUUAGAUGCUGCUGUUACUAGUAAUGAAACAAUUUUAUCAAGUUCAACAUCAACAUUUAUGCCAUCUUUAUUCUCUGAAACAUUAAAACACAGGAAUCAAGUGAUUGUAUGCCAUCCAGUAAAUCCACCAUACUAUGUUCCAUUAGUUGAAAUUGUACCAGCCCCAUGGACUGAUGCAGCAGUUGCGAAAAAAUCACGUGCCAUUAUGGAAGAAAUUGGACAAGCACCGGUAUCACUCAGUCGUGAAGUUCCUGGAUUUUCACUUAAUCGAAUUCAAUAUGUAAUCUUAAAUGAGGUUUGGCACCAAGUCAAAGAGGGUAUAUUAGAUGUGGCUGAUGUUGAUCGUGUCAUGUCAGAAGGUUUAGGUAUGCGUUAUGCAUUCAUGGGACCAUGGGAGACAGCGCAUUUAAAUGCUGAAGGUAUGACAAAUUACUUUGAACGGUACAGUAAAACAAUUUAUGAUGUGAGUGUUACAAUGGGUGAAGUACCAAAAAUGGAAGGACCAACAGCUGUUGAAAUUGCUAAACAAUUAGAACAAAAAGUACCAUUGAAUAAAUUACAAGAACGACGUAUUUGGCGUGAUUUAUGUUUAACAAAAUUGAGUCAAUUAAAAAACGAAGUUAAUAAAUAA